AAGAGGCGGGGGGCCGCGGCGGAGGUGGUGAGUGUUCCUGGGCGCCUUUCCCGCUGUGUCCCUUUCAGACUCGCGUCCGGGGUGGCUCUCCGGUGCGUUCUCCGGUCUCCAGAGUUGAGGGCGGGCCUGGCCCGAGAGGUGAAGAGGAAGAAAACUGAAGUCAAAGACCAUGGGAGAUGCCACAAAACCUUACUUUGUGAGGCGUCCUAAAGAGCGAGGGACUACAGAUGAUGAGGAUUUCAGAAGGGGUCACCCCCAACAAGAUUAUUUAAUAAUGGAUGAUUAUGCUAAAGGCCAUAGCAGUAAAAUGGAAAAAGGCCUUCCCAAAAAAAAAGUAACACCAGGGAACUAUGGGAAUACCCCCAGAAAAGGACCGUAUGCUGUUUCUAGCAAUCCAUAUGCAUUUAAGAACCCAAUUUACAGUCAACCCACUAGGCUCAAUGACAACCACAAAGAUCAGAGUAAGAGAUGGCUCUCUGAUGAACUUGCCAGUAAUUCAGACUGUUGGAGAGAAUACAAACCUGGACCUAGAAUCCCUGUUAUAAACAGACCAAGAAGAGACUCUUUUCAGGAAAGUGAAGAUGGAUAUAGGUGGCAAGAUGGAAGAGGCUGCAGAACUGUAAGACGACUAUUUCAUAAAGAGCUGGCAAACCUGGACACCAUGUCAGAAAUGGAAGCGGGAAGCCCUGAAAACAAGAAGCCGAGGUCCAGACCUCGGAAGCCACGGAGAACUAGAAAUGACGAAAAUGAACAGGAUGGAGACUUGGAAGGCCCUGUGAUCGAUGAGUCUAUGCUUUCAACGAAGGAGCUGCUGGGCUUACAGCAGGCUGAGGAGCGGCUGAAAAGAGACUGCAUCGACAGGCUGAAAAGGCGACCAAGAAACUACCCUUCAGCAAAGUACACCUGCAAACUUUGUGAUGUUUUAAUUGAAUCCGUUGCAUUUGCUCAUAAGCAUAUCAAAGAGAAGAGGCACAAGAAAAACAUUAAGGAGAAGCAAGAGGAAGAGUUGCUCACCACGUUACCCCCGCCUACACCCUCCCAGAUAAAUGCAAUUGGUAUUGCCAUUGACAAAGUGGUACAGGAGUUUGGCUUACACAAUGAGAACUUGGAACAGAGACUAGAAAUUAAACGUAUCAUGGAAAGUGUGUUCCAACACAAGUUACCAGAUUGCUCUCUGAGAUUAUAUGGGUCAUCCUGUAGCAGAUUUGGUUUCAAAAAUUCGGAUAUAAACAUUGACAUUCAAUUUCCAGCCAUUAUGUCUCAGCCAGAUGUUCUCUUACUUGUCCAAGAAUGUUUAAAGAACAAUGACUCUUUUAUUGAUGUUGAUGCAGAUUUCCAUGCUCGAGUGCCAGUGGUGGUGUGCAGAGAAAAGCAGAGUGGUCUUCUUUGUAAAGUGAGUGCAGGAAAUGAAAAUGCUUGUCUGACAACAAAUCAUUUAACUGCCCUUGGAAAACUAGAAUCAAAGCUGGUUCCUCUGGUGAUUGCAUUUAGAUACUGGGCAAAGCUUUGCAGUAUAGAUCACCCUGAAGAAGGAGGUUUGCCACCUUAUGUGUUUGCUCUGAUGGCCGUUUUCUUUCUUCAACAGAGGAAAGAACCCCUUCUGCCUGUUUAUCUAGGAUCAUGGAUUGAAGGAUUCUCACUAAACAAAUUAGGAAACUUCAACCUUAAAGAAAUUGAGAAAGACUGUGUGGUCUGGGAAUACACUGAUAAUGUUGCAGGGGAUGUGGACUCAACAAAAGAGGAGGCACCAAAGGAAAUGGCCAUUAAAAGGGGACAGGUAUCAUUAAUAUUUGAUUCAAAACAGCCGCCUUCAGUACCAGUUGGGCAGCUCUGGGUGGAAUUGCUCCGAUUCUAUGCUCUAGAAUUUAAUUUGGCUGAUUUAGUGAUUAGUAUCCGUGUCAAAGAAUCGAUAUCUCGUGAAUCGAAGGAUUGGCCCAAAAAACGCAUUGCCAUUGAAGAUCCCUACUCUGUAAAAAGAAAUGUGGCAAGGACCCUAAAUAAUCAACCUGUGUUUGAAUAUAUACUUCAUUGUUUAAGGACAACAUAUAAAUAUUUUGCUCUUCCACACAAAGUUAUGAAAUCCAGCCUUCCAAAGCCUCUGAGUACUGUCAGCUGUACUUCUGAACGUUCUAAAGAAAUAGCAAAACAUGAUCCAGAGGUACAAGCGAAAGGUGAUAAACUCAAAAACUCAGUUUUGGCUCAAGGUUCUGGUGCUGCCAGUUCAACUGCAAACACCUGCAAGGCACAGCCACUUACUCUUAAAGAGACUGCUAAAAACUUUGAAAGCCCAUCAGCAGAGAAAAUGGAAAACUCACACAUCAGUGUCCACCUGGAAAACUCUGACUGUAUUAAGGCAAAAGUCAGUUCUAGUGCCCCUAAGGACAUUGAAGUACAUCAUCAAGAAACAGGAAGUAAAAAUAAGAAAGAAAAAAGUGGAAAGGAAGGCAAGCAUCCUUUGACUGCUGAUGAUCAAGCUUUAAGUAGUAGCAAGUGUGGCACGCUUGUUACCUGUGGCAGCCCAGGAAAUAAGGAGAAAGAUUCCAGUUUGGAUCUAGAAGGCUUCAGAAAUCCUAUAGCUAAAGAGUAUGAUGAAUUUCCUACUUCAUAUGCCAAGGCUGAUGUUGAUGAAGAAAGUAUAGAAGGUACCAGUGAACUCAGAGAUGCUGUAAGCCACUUUACCCCUUCAAGACAGAGCCAAAUAUCAGGAAUCCUUCACUCUGAUGAGGAAGAGGAGGAUGAGGAGGAGGAAGAAGAACCAAGGCUCUCCAUUUCCCGAAGGGAAGACGAGGAUGACAUUGCUAAUGGAGACGAAUUAGACAACACCUUCACUGGGUCAGGGGAUGAGGAUGCCCUGUCUGAAGAGGAUGUGGAAUUAGAUGGAUCUACUAAGUAUGAUGACUUGAAAGAAUGUGGAAAACACCAUGUAGAUGGAAAUCUUCUAAUGGAACUUAAUAAAAUCAGCCUUAAAGAAGAAAGUGUAUGUGAGGAAAAUUCAACUGUGGACCAGUCUGAUUUCUUCUAUGAAUUUAGUAAACUCACCUUCACCAAAGGCAAGUCUCCUACAGUAGUUUGCAGUUUAUGCAAACGAGAGGGUCAUCUAAAGAAGGACUGUCCUGAAGACUUCAAAAGAAUCCAGCUGGAACCUUUGCCUCCAUUAACUCCCAAAUUUUCAAAUAUCUUAGAUCAAGUUUGCAUUCAGUGUUACAAGGAUUUUUCUCCAACUGUUCUAGAAGAUCAGGCACGUGAACAUAUUCGACAAAACCUAGAAAAUUUCAUAAGGCAGGAGUUUCCAGGAACUAAAUUGAGCUUGUUUGGCUCCUCCAAAAAUGGAUUUGGGUUCAAACAGAGUGACCUUGAUGUCUGCAUGACAAUUAACGGACUUGAAACUGCUGAGGGGUUGGACUGUGUAAGAACUAUUGAAGAAUUGGCAAGAGUCCUCAAAAAGCACUCAGGACUGAGAAACAUCUUGCCUAUUACAACAGCAAAGGUGCCGAUCGUGAAGUUCUUCCAUUUGAGAAGCGGUCUGGAGGUGGACAUCAGUUUGUAUAACACAUUGGCCCUUCAUAACACAAGACUCUUAUCUGCUUAUUCAGCCAUUGAUCCCAGAGUGAAAUAUUUGUGCUAUACUAUGAAAGUAUUUACAAAGAUGUGCGAUAUUGGCGAUGCUUCUAGAGGCAGCUUAUCGUCAUACGCAUAUACGCUCAUGGUGCUAUAUUUUCUUCAGCAGAGGAAUCCACCAGUUAUUCCUGUCCUUCAAGAGAUAUACAAAGGUGAAAAGAAACCUGAAAUAUUUGUUGAUGGCUGGAAUAUUUAUUUUUUUGAUCAAAUAGAUGAACUGCCCAACUAUUGGCCAGAAUAUGGAAAAAAUACAGAAUCUGUUGGGCAGCUAUGGUUGGGACUUCUUCGUUUCUACACAGAAGAAUUUGAUUUUAAAGAACAUGUAAUUAGCAUCAGGAGAAAAAGUCUGCUUACAACUUUUAAGAAACAGUGGACAUCAAAAUACAUUGUUAUUGAAGAUCCAUUUGAUUUGAAUCAUAAUCUUGGAGCCGGAUUAUCAAGGAAAAUGACAAAUUUUAUCAUGAAAGCAUUUAUUAAUGGGAGAAGAGUAUUUGGAAUUCCAGUCAAAGGAUUUCCAAAGGACUACCCCUCAAAAAUGGAGUACUUUUUUGAUCCAGAUGUGCUAACUGAAGGAGAGCUGGCCCCAAAUGAUAGAUGUUGCCGCAUUUGUGGGAAAAUUGGACACUUCAUGAAGGACUGUCCUAUGAGGAGAAAAGUGAGGCGACGGCGAGAUCAGGAAGAUACCCUGAACCAAAGAUACCCUGAGAACAAAGACAAAAAAAGCAAAGAAGAUAAAGAAAUUCAAAACAAGUACACAGAGAGAGAGGUGUCAACAAAAGAAGAUAAACCCAUACAGUGCACACCUCAGAAAGCCAAGCCAGUGAGGGCAGCUGCUGAGCCAGGGAGAGAGAAAAUCCUCAGGCCACCAGUGGAGAAGUGGAAGAGACCGGAGGACAAAGACUUAAGAGAAAAACGUUGUUUUAUCUGUGGAAGAGAAGGGCACAUUAAAAAGGAAUGCCCUCAGUUUAAAGGCUCUUCAGGUCUGUCUAAAUCAGAUUGUGUAUUUGGAUCCCCUUCUUCACAUAACCCUUUGAGACCAGCUGGCACAUUUGUUCAGGCAGUGCUUUUACAUGAAGACCAAAAGAAACAAAAAACAUCUAUAUUUUUGAGUCCCCAGUCAGAGGUAGAAUGUCGCAAAGAGAAACAGAAAUCUUGGAAGAAUUGCCGCCCUCACCCGAAAGGGGAACAUGGUAUCCAUGAAAGGUGAAGACAGAGGAGAUUCUGUAAGAACAGGCAGGAGCAGCUCUUUCCUGGGAAGGUUUUGUAAUUGUUCUCAGUGGAAUGCAUGGACUUAAAAAUAAGAACAGUUCUACUGGGAAAACCCUCAAAAUGAAAUGGACUGAAAUGAGAAUGGGGUCUGUUCUGAGAGGAUUUGAUUGACAGUGGGAGUGGCCAUGAAACAUGGAUGAGGAGAUUGACAAGCUGCUCUGAAAGCUCCUUCAGCAAAUGAGAGUGGAUGGGAGACAGGCUCCACUGCAGUGUGUGGGGCUGUUUCCUGUAGAUCCUCUGAGAGUUUGAAGGUCACAUAGUUACCAGAUGUAAAGAAGGCAAAAGACUGUUGUCUUUACAAGCUUCAGCCUUGAAUAGGCAUUUCCAGAAAACUUUACUUAAGAAAAUACUGGUCCUUGCUUAGUUGAGAUUUGUUUUGUCAAAGAUAAGAUGUUUAUGAAUACCAGCUUUGCCGUCAGAUUGCACAGUGUGAUUUGUAGCUUUGUGAUCUUAUCCUCCAUUGCUUCAGUUUCCUCAUCUGUUAAAUGGGGUAAUAAUAAUACUUACUUUGUAGGACUGUUGCAAAAUCUAUGUUUUGCAUAGAACUUAGAACAGUACCUGCAUGCUGUGAGAGCCUCUACUGGUGGGCGCCGAUGGCAUUUGGUGUCCUGCAGGACAUCUGUCAGCAUUGCUUCUGCUAAAGAUUUUAUGCAUCUUGAAAAUAAAAUUUUAAUAUAACUUCUUAAGUGGGGGAAAAGUACAGAUGUUAGACAUAUACCUAGAAAUGGCAAUACCAAUUGACAGUAGGUUAGGAUUUCAGUAAAUUAUCUUCUGAGUGAAGAUUUACAUAUUUAUAAAUCUUUUGAAUAACCAUAACUUAAGCUUACUACAGAAAAAAAAAAGUUAUUGCAAUAAAUAAAGUUUGCUUUCUACCAGAAAAAAAAAAUUUAUAGGAGGUUAAAACUUAUCUUUUCUAAUAAACUCUUCAAGUUAUUGACAACUAUUAAUACUGUCAAAUUUAUCCAUGAAAAAUUUACACGAGUUAUGUAUGUUAUGUGAAAUGUCUCAACAUUAAGUAGGAUUAAGUUUCCAGGAAGCUGUUUCUUUUCACAGACUUUAUCUGUGAUGGGUGGGUGAUUUUCUAAGGAGAACCUGCUAGUGUGUACAGCCCCUGCUCUUCGGCAAUAGCUGAAAUGACCUUAGAAGAAAGAGGUGAGCUCCUCUGAGCUCCAGUCCCGAUUAUAAAAUUGGCAAUAGCACCAUCUGUCUUGUGCUGCUGAGGGUAAAGCAGCCACCCACAUCCGAUAAUCAGCCAAGUUCUCUUUCCUCUCCUGAUACUUCCUCCAUUCCACUAAGCUACAUACAGUUCUUGACUCUCAAAUGAGACAGCAGUAGAUGGAAAAUCCCACGAGUUUCCUUGCUCUUGUUUCCUCCCUCCCUCACAUACACACAGCUAACAGUGCCUUCGAUGUUCAGUAAGUUUUAUUGAUGAGAGGUGGACUCAUUUUGACAGAGUAAAGAAGAGUGGGAGAGGGAUCAAGAACAUGAGCUUUAAAGUCAGACUUACUCUGGUUUGACAUCCAACCCAGUCGUUUACUAGCUCCAUUACCUCUGUCCAGUUAGUGAGCCUCUCUGCCUCAGUUUCCUUGUCCAUAAAUUGGGCACUGUAAGGAUUAGUUUCAUAUAUGUAAAGCCCUUAACACCGUAUCUGGCACACAUCACUUGAUAAAAUUAUUACUCCUCUUAUUGCUGUAGUUAACAGAAAGUCUCCAACUAUGCUCUGACUGUCUAACUUCUAGGACAAAUAUAUAACAGAAAUUUCUAACACAAGAGUAUGUGGAGAUUGAAGAACCAUAGUCACAAACUGUUCAGUAUGAGAAUCUCAAACUAGCAUUUGUCUAUUUCUUAAUCCUCUAAUGUUUUUUGGAAAGAAAAUUACUUUUCAAAAGAAACUACCUCUGUGUCUUUGUUUAUUCCAUUUUAACCCAAGGGUUUGAAAUCUUAAAUAUUGGAGAUGCUCUAAGAGAGUGGUGAAUAUCUUUUCUCCUUUAUGGUAAUGUAUGCUUUUUUCCUUGACCAGGAUGUUAAAGCUUACUUAUUAAAAAACAAAAGCACAGUGGUCUUUAUGAUAGUAAAUUUAAAAUAAUAGAAGCACUUUUUGAAAACCAUAUGGGAAGAUCUUAUCAUCAGUGAAUAUAUAGAUUAUUGUUUUUCAUACCCUUCUUGAUAUUCCAGUAUAUGAACAUAAUUAUGUAUUUAACCAUUCUUUAUUAAUGGAACUAGUUCUUUUCAAAUAUUUGUUAUAUCAGUGUCUUCAAAACUUUUUUGCUUGCAUACUCGCUCCCAAAAUGUUGAACCACCCAUAUAUCUCCUUGUAUGUGUUUAAGUUGGCAUCUUAGUUUUUUGUCAUAGUUGCAAAACAUGUGAUUUCUGGAGGUUUUUUGGAAGAUAUUGGCAUUUUAAAAACAAAACUUUUAAAUCAGUCUUUUUAAAUGUAUCAAAUGAAAUAUAAAUAUUAUUGCAGACAUUUUACAUCUUUUUUUUUUCUCCUUGAAUUCUUUUGUUUCACUUCCAUGGAAUUUUAUCUUAAUAAGAUAUAUUUUUGUCAUAUAUAUUUCAAGCAUUUUAUUGACUGGCCACAAAAGUGUUCAUAAAAUUGAAUUUUUCAGCUUUUUGUUAAAUCUCAAAGUGUAAAAAUGUCUUCUAAAAUGUUUAUAGUUAUUAGAAGAAUAUAAUUGACCAAAACCAAUGUUACAAAUUUUGAUUAAAAAUUGCUUCCUAUGUUUACUUACUGAAAAUGACUUUCAUUUAAUUAGAUGAGACUUUUAUCCUAUGCAUUCAUUUAUCUUCAGAGUAGUACUACUUACUGCAUGAAUGAAACAGUGAAUCAUUUGUCUUCCUAAUCUUUUGUUUUAUACUAAAUAAACAUUGUGAAACCUCACUAGUCUUUAUAAUAGCAAAUUACAAGGAAUAGAAGUAAGUCUUGGAGUCGGGGAAGGGAAGAUAUACAACAGUGCCACUCAGUUGUUUUCAUUCCUUUUUAAUCAAAUCACCAAAAAAUCACAUAAAUCGUAUCAUCAGAACUUAUUCUGAUGGUUAUCAGCUAUCAGUUAAUUUUAUGAAAGCUAAAAAUUUGGGCUUUUAUUAGAUGUAUUCACAUGUUGCUACAGAUCCCAGCAUUUUGUGUGCUUCUCUGCCUCCCAAGACUUUUUCUUUUUCACUUAGGGUAAUGUGCCACAUUAAGAGGUGAAUGGUUAUAACACACGUGUCUCUCUCUCUCUCUCUUUCUGUCUUGUGAAAGGGUAAAGAGAAAGUGGUAUGAUUCCUGAGAACCACCCUAAAGCCUGGGCGACAAAGACAUUUCUCAAAAAGAACUCAGAUAAAAAUUGAAGCACUGUGGUCAACUCUCUCAAAACUCUACCCACUUGUCCUCUUAAGCUAUUCAGGAAUAGCUUAAUACCAUGUACCCAAGGUUGAAGACCACUGUCUAUAUAAAACACUGCAAUGUCAGUUUGCAUAUUUGUCUAGUUAUUUCCUCAGGAUAAAUUCCCACUUAGGAGAAUAAUAGGUUUAAAAGUAACCAUAUUUUGAGAGUGAUACCAAUAAUGCCACAUUGUGAUUGUGGACAGUUUCAGAGAAUCAGUCACAAUUUUCCCAUACCCUUGCUUCAUUUAGGAUAGUCUUUUUUUGCCAGUCUGCUUGAAGUUCUGUUCUUACCAUUGAAUGCUAACAAUUUUCCAUAUUUUCAUUUGUAUUUCUUCAUGUUACAUCUUGGUAUUUUUAAGUAUUCAUUUUUGUCUUUAGUUCUUUCUACUUAGAAAUUUAUUCAUGCUUUGUCAAAUAUGUUAUAGUAUCCAUCAUCAUCACCAGUUUAUUAUUCUUUCAACCUCAUUUAUGAUUUAUUUUGCCAUGGAUACAUUUGUUUCAGUAGUUUGUUCUAGCCAACUGUAUGGUAGUUUCAAGUCAUGCUUACACAUUUUUAAGAAUUUCAUGUUCUUCCCCCAGAUUACAUAAAAAUUCAUAUUUUAUUUAUAGUAGUUUUAUCUUUUUUUCUUGACCGAACUGUGCGGCAUGCAAGUUCUUAGUUCCCAACCAGGGGAUCAGACCCUGCAGCGGAAGCACAGAGUCCCAACCACUGAACCAGGGAAGUCCCAUAGUUUUAUCUUUUUGUGUGUGAAUUUUUUUACAUGAAGCUUCUUCAGGUAUGUUGAGAUUUUUAUAUACAUAGAUACACACACCCAUAUAUAUAUAUGUAUGUAUGUAUACAGGGGACUACAUGUUUAAGUGAUAAGUAAUAAAACUAAGUAUUAUUCUUAGAACGGUUUCUCAACAUUUGGGCAAAAAAUUUUUUAAAGAUCUAAAUAAUAUAACAACUACUCAUCUACUAGAGAAUUGGCCUUAUUUUUUCAUAUUUUCUUUUCAGUCAUUUAUUAUUAAUAAGAAUUCAGGUACCCAUUCUUUUUUAAACUCUUAAUAUGUAUCCUUUAACAUGUAUAUACUUUAGUAUACAUGUCCUUGGUGAAUUUUUAAAUUUAAAUGACUCACACUGUAUAAUAUGAAUGUUUUACAACUUGCCUUUUAUAUCUAACAAUGAUUUUGAAAUUUAUAUAUGUUGUAUAUGGAUUUAGUCUCUCUUUACAGCAUUGCAUCGUAUGAAUACAGAAUAUUUUAUGUAAACAUCACCUAGUACAUGAGCAUUUAGAUUAUGUCUGGUGUUUUGCUGUUAUAAGCAGUGUUGUGGUGAACACUCUUGUGUGAGUCUUCUUGAGCAUAUUUGAGAGAUUCUAUAGGAUUUGAGUACCUGGAAAUCAAUUUGUUGUGUUGUAGAGCAUUUUCAUAUGUGCAUAUGUGCCUUUUCAACUUAAAUACUGUCAGAUACCCCCUAAUUGGCUGAAACAGUUGCCACUUAUAUCAACAGUGUUUAUUCAUACAAAUAUGAUGAAUGAAAAAAUACUGUGGUGUUCUAAUGGAUUUUUUUUUUUUUUUACCUCUGGUGAUGCUAAGCACCUUUUUAUAUGCUUACUGGCUAUGAAUACCAUGUAUUUAUUAUUACAUACAUUCUAAAUGUUUUCCUCCAGUAUAUCUUGUCUUGCACCACUUCAGUUUUUUAAUUUUGAGAUAAUUAGAUGAUUGGUUUUCCCUUUUCAUGGAUAUGUGAUUCAUGACUUUAGGUUUGUCUUUCAGAAAUUUUUCCCUCACCUGAAGUUGUAAAGAUAUCCAUCUAUAUUUUUUUUCUAAUAGCUUUAAAACUUUAUUUUUCUUAUUUAGAUCUUUAUUCUAUCUGGUUGUAUGUAGAAUAUGAGGUACUGAUAUAAAUUUUUGUCCCUUAAGUGAAAAGCCUUUCCUCAGUACUUCAUGAAGUUUAGAAUGUCAAAGACGGGUAUUUUUGACCAAUAGACACUCUGUGGUAUGAAUAUAGUAUUUAUACUCAUAGAGUGCUUCGAUUCUUCCUGCCAUAUCACUGAUUUUUCACUGUGAGUUGACUCUCAGGAUAUCUUGCUUUGGAAAGUUUGCUUUUGAGGGGGCAUAAGUUUGUUUGCAUACUUAAUAAGUUGACUUUGGACAUUUUAGAAAGUAUAGUUUAGACAAAUUGAAAGUAAAAGCCAUUUAUACUUGUCCAAUUUUAAAGCAUUAACUGUUAUUUCAGUUUUGGAGAUAAAAUCUUCUCAUCUUUUUACAUCAAUGUAAUGAUAAUAGUUAGCAUUGAUUGAGCACUUUCUGUGUGACAGGUACUGUUCAGUUGUUUUACCUAUAUUAAUUUAUUUAAUCUUCACAGUAACUCCAAGGGGAUAGGUAUUAUUGUCUUCAUUUUACAGAUAAGCAAAAUGAGGCAAUACAUAUCUGGUUAGUGGUGUUUUUCAAAUGCGUUUUUUUAUUAAUUUUUAGUUUUAAUGAAAAUAUUCAUGAGGAUUUAUAACCUUCAUUUUUCAUGUUAUUAAUUAUCCUUAUCUGCAUACCUAAUAUGUUAUUGUGUUUAUAAUUAGGCAUAUCACAAGUUCUGGACAUUUGCAUUAUUUGCAUACUUUACAAGGUUUCUAUGGUUUAUAUGAAUAUUCCUUUAGCAAAAUUUCUGCACACCUACCUGUCCUUCUGCUCUUCCUUCAGCAGUUAGUGGUUAAGAAUUGAUACCUUGUUUUACAUUGCAUUUCUUUGAUUAAUUUUUAUCUACUUACAUACUUUUUUCUUUCAUAUGUUGCUUUUUCUUUCACCAGCUAUUAGUGUUUGUCUUUUUUCUACGGAUUUGUAAUUUCUUUAGUGCUAAGAAUAGAAAGCCCUUUUAAUAAGUAAAGCAUAAUAUGGUAUACUUAGGAAACUCUUUCCCCACUCCAAAAUAUUCACUACUUCUUAUACUUGGACUCUCUCAUAUUUAAUUCUAUAAUUCAUUUGAAAUUAGGUAAGGAGGAAAGGUAUGAUGUGAGAAAGGAAACUUACCUAUCCCUUUCCUUCCAAAAUUACUUGUUUGACACAAUACCAGUUAUUGAACAAUCUAUACUUUCCACCAUUGGUUUGAAAUGUGUAUAAUCAAUGUGUGUAUAUCCUUUGUUAGAUACUACUUUCUUGUAAGUGAUCACUUAAGAAUAUGUCAAUUUUCUUGUUUCAUUGAACUGCUUGUUUUGACUCCAGAACAAAAUUUAUUAACUGUUCUGUGGUGUGCAUGUAAUUAGCAGUCCUCAUUUCUGUCCUUCAGCUGUAAAUACAAUAAAUUUCCUUUUUUUUCUUCUAAAUCAGUAAGUUAUGGCUACCAUGUCACCACUCACAGCUUCAUGUCUGCAGAGUAAUGACACGAGAUAUUUAUUUCUGACCAAAGAAUUCCUUGGAGUUUAUUCUGUUUGGUUGCAGAUGCAAAGCAGAGCUUUAAAAAGUUCUCCUGGUCUCUGUACCAGUAUGAGGUGAGCGUGCAUGUCACAACGUGACGUCACUCUAGCAGCUCAUCUGCAUUUAGAAAGAAUAUGACGGGGCUUUUGUUAUACCUUUUUAUAUCUAGCCAGAUGACUUGAUUCAAACAAGUGACGAGUAUGAAGUUUCUGUAAAUAGUAACCGUAAGAAGUAGUUGUAGAGCGUUUACGAUGAAGUGAGGCCUGUUUCAUUUAUGUUGGGUUUUGUUUUUUCCCCUCCUCUAGGUAGCCUUUCCAGUAAAUAUAUGACUCAGGGAAAAGCCUCAGCGAAGAGGACCCAGCAGGAAUCAUGAGGGAAGGAAAAUGCCGCAUUCUAAAUGGCCACUCAGGCGUUCCUAUUCACUUUGAAAAUUAGGUUCAUUUUACAGGACACAGCAGCAUAGAUCAGGCUUCAACUUAACAUUUAAGGGAAAUGUCAGAUUUUUUUUAACUUAAUGAAAUUGUUAAUGAGGAAAAAAAUGUUUAAUACAGUCUUACCUACUACAGAUCCCUAUAGAUUUAAGGAUUUCAAUAGAAAGCCAUGAUGUAUGUAUUUAAGACAGGUUUUAAAAAAAAAAAAAUGUAACUAUGGGCCAGUAUUCAUUGAAUACAAUUUCAAGCUUUUUAAUUAUUUCAAAGCACACUAAAAAUAGUGGGCUGAUAAAAUCCUUUUUUUCCUUUAUAAAUCCUUUUUGUUUGUUUUGAAGAGGGGAAAUUAUAUUUAUUGUUGUCAACUGAAUCCUUGUGUGAAAGCGUGUCAAACGUGUGAACUGCUACUGCUGUAUUUACGAUUUACAAACCUUAUUUUAUUGAUAUUUGUAGAAUUGCUAACAUGAAUAUGAAUUACCACCUAUUAUGUGAGCCUCCUACGGAGGAGCAGUGCCACUGAAGGGCUUUUAGUUUUUUUCCCUCUCUAAUUUUAAAUUGACAUAUAACUACUAUGAUCAUAAAAAUGAAGUAAGGAAAACAAGAGUCCUGUUUGCUGCUAAAAACAUUUGCAAAGGAAAAAUGACAAAAUAAAAGUAAUUUUUACUUUUUAUGAUACUCCGAAAUCAGGGUGGAUGACUUUUAAAAUCCCUGAUGAUUAAAGAGGCUGUCUCUGCCAAUCACAAGUUUGAUUGGUAUCAUUUUGAUCUGACUGGAGCCUUCAUAGAACUGUUUCUCUAAUUCACGAGCCCUUCAGAAGUGGUCAGAACCAUGCCUCGGAUUAUCAUUUUGAAAUAAAAUCAAGAUUUCAACCUGU